AUGACUCUGUGCACCCUGCCAGGAACGCCCAAGCCGCAGAUCACAUGGCGGAAGGGCCCGUCCUCAGAGCCCCUGCAUGACCGGCCAGGUGUGGCGGUGCUGGAAGAGGGGUCUCUAUUCCUGGCCUCCGUCUCACCCACGGACAGUGGAGACUACGAGUGCCAGGCCACCAACGAGGUGGGCUCCACGUCCAGGAGAGCCAAGCUGGUGGUCUAUGUGCCCCCCAGCAUCCGGGAGGACAGGCGCAAGGCCAACGUGUCGGGCAUGGCCGGGCAGUCCUUGACGCUGGAGUGUGAUGCAAACGGCUUUCCAGUCCCUGAGAUCGUGUGGCUGAAGGACGGGCAGCUGAUCCCUAAGGUGGGUGGCCACCGCCUCCUGGACGGGGGCCAGUCCCUCCACUUCCCCAGGAUCCAGGAGGGUGAUUCUGGGCUCUACUCCUGCCGGGCAGAGAACCAGGCUGGGACCACCCAGAAGGACUUCAAUCUCCUUGUGCUCACCCCUCCUUCCGUGCUUGGAGCCGGGGCCGCUCAGGAGGUGCUGGGAUUGGCUGGUGCAGAUGUGGAGCUGCAGUGUUGGACCUCAGGGGUCCCCACGCCCCAGGUGGAGUGGACCAAGGACAGGCAGUGAGUGGCUCCCCCGGAGG